CUGGAGGAGCAGGUGUUCAGCCUGAUGGGAGUCCCAGUUCCGGUCGUCACCGCCUCUGCCCUGGCAUAUUUCAUCCAGCUUCCUGGGGCAAGAUGUGAGGAGAACUGUGCCAAUCCUGAACAUUGCCUGACCACAGACUGGGUACAUCUCUGGUAUAUAUGGUUGCUGGUGGUGAUUGGCGCGCUGCUGCUCCUGUGUGGCCUGACCUCAGUGUGCUUCCGCUGCUGCCUGGGUCGUCAGCAACAAGGCGAAGACGGGGGCCAGCCGCCCUACGAAGUGACAGUCAUCGCUUUUGAUCAUGACAGCACCCUCCAGAGCACUUUUACUUCCCUGCAGUCAGUGUUUGGCCCUGCAGCUCGGAGAAUCCUGGCUGUGACUCGCUCCCACAGCUCCCUGGGCCAGCUGCCCUCCUCACUGGACACCCUCCCAGGGUAUGAGGAAGCUAUUCACAUGAGUCGCUUCACAGUAGCAAGGUGUGGGCAGAAAGCACCUGAUCUACCCUCAGUACCAGAAGAAAAGCAGAUACCUCCUGUGGAGAAGGAAUCUCCUCAAAUACAACAGCCUUUCCACUGA